CGACUGUAAGACAAAACGUUCAGCGCCCUCUGCAGGAAUAACAACUUUCCACGACUUGUAGCCGAUUGUAUUUUAUCUCGAUAGUAAAAACGCACUUUUUAAUGUAUAAGACUGACUUGCUUGCGUAGACAUCCCUACAUUAACGUUUCUACGUUGUAAUCUCAUUCAGUUCCAGUUUAAAGCGGAUGUUGUAGGAAGGGGAAAUGACAACAGACCAAGGAAGUUUCUCAGUCUCUUGAUGAGGGGCACUUUCGGGAGAUCUGAGUGUUAUUUGUGAAGGACAGACGCUGCUAACGGAUCAUGUGUGAGGUGACGCGGGACACCCCGGUUCGGAAGCUCCGGUUCUCCGCGCUGAGAGCCCUGUCAGACCUGCUGGACCCACAGGAGACCUGGAGGAGCGUCGCGAUGGACAUCAGCAAACCCUCCGGAGAACCGCGAUACUCGCAGCAGCACAUCCGGAGGUUUGAAGCGGUGGUUCUGCAGGGAAAGAGUCCCACGAUGGAGAUGCUGUUCGACUGGGGCACCACAGACUGCAGUGUUGGAGAUCUGGUGGAGAUUCUGCUCCGUCACCAGCUGCUCGCCGCCGUCAGCGUCCUGCUGCCCGAUCACAGCCUCCGCCUCGCCUCUGCAGGCUCCUCCGCCGUGUCGGUCAGCACACUGCAGUAUGAAGCAGCGGUGCGUCCGUCCGAGGCGUGCAUCCGUCCUGAGAUCGCCAAACCUGUCAGCAGACCCGUGGUGAUGGAGCCGGACAGCAGCACCGGGCCGGAGGAGAACACCUGGAGCGGCACUGAAGGUUUCUACACGUUCACGCUCUGCGAGCUGACAGCCAUGACGAGCGACUGGGACGAUCGGCCCGUGAAGGACGGUGGGUGUCUGCUGGGCUCCGGCGGGUUUGGCCUCGUGUUCAGAGGCUUUAUGGGCGGCACACAUAUAGCUGUGAAAAAACUCAAUCCUUUGGACAACAGCUCAGUUGAAGAUCUCAAGACUCAGUUUAAUCAAGAGAUUCAAACACUCAGGAGUCUGAAGCAUGAGAAUCUGGUGAGCAUGGUGGGCUUCUCCAGCGAUGGGCAGCAUCUGUGUCUGGUGUACGAGCUGAGCAGCGGAUCGCUGCUGGAGCGACUGGCCUGCGCAGACGGGACUCCUGCUCUCUCGUGGCUCAGCAGACGCUCGAUCAGCGCCGGAACCGCCCGAGGACUGCUGUACCUGCAUCAGAACAACCACAUCCACCGAGACGUCAAGAGCGGAAACAUCCUCUUGGAUGAGAACUUCGUUCCGAAGAUCUCUGACUUCGGUUUGACGCGUGCCUCAGCCAAUCACACGUGCUCGACGGUCAUGACGGGGAGGAUUGUGGGUACGACGGCCUACAUGGCGCCGGAGGCCCUGAGAGGAGAAAUCACUCCUAAAUCUGACGUCUUCAGCUUCGGCGUGGUGUUGCUGGAGAUCCUGUCUGGUCUUCCUCCGGUGGAUGAAAGCCGUGAUCCCAAGCUGCUGAUGGAGAUGAAGGACGAGAUCGAUGAUGAGGAGCUCUCUCUGGAGGACUUCAUUGAUAAGAAGAUGGAGGGAUGGCGGAUGGAGGAGGUGGAGAGGAUGUAUGACGUGGCGUCUCAUUGUCUCUGCGAGAAGAAAAACAAAAGGCCCACCAUCACAGAGGUUCUCUCUGAACUGGAAGAUCUUCAUCAAACACAUUCCCAGAGCUCCAGAUGAGUUGUUCAGGAUUCAUCAUAAUAACGCGUCCUGAUCUGGCUCCAUCGUAAUGCCUCGGGAGACGGCGGGGAAAUGCACCUCAGAGACAAAAACAUUGGAAAAGAAAACAACAGAACAGCAUUUGCAUAGAAAAAUGAGCAUCCUGGCAC